AUGAUUAUGGAGACGCAUUAUUUGUUUCAAAACUGCAAAACUUCAAACGAUAAGAAUCGCGGUGGCGGAUUACCCUUUUGGAGGGUUUUCAUGGAUUACAGAAUGGAUAAGCCAAUAACAGCUGAUAGCAUCAACAACGGGUCGCAGUAUGCAACUUCUAUUAAUAAUCUCAAAGAUAUUGAACAAAUAUCUGAAUGCACAUCUGAAGCAUCACAUGAAAAUAAUAUUCAGACAGGAAAUGGCGCGACGAAAAAACGACAGACUAUCGGUAGCUUUAAUUUGGGUGCUGUAUUCGCUGAAGCUGAAGCAUCAGACAAUCUGUUAGAGCGAAAGCAAUUUAAUUUAAAAUUAGUGAAGGAAUUUCGGAUCGAAGAUGGUACUACGGGUUUUGGUUAUGAUAUGAUCUUCAAUGAUGGCAUCGAUGAACGGUUAAAGUCGGUUAUCAUCGAUGAACCAUAUUUGCGAAAUAAAUCACAGAUUAUAAACCUAGUUGCAUUCUGCGAAUUGUUGGUGUCAGGAGCACCGAACCUUCGUGAAAUUGUGCUUUGCACACAGGCGGAACAAACUGCUUCACGGGAGCUGUGGCUGCAAUUGAGACAGCUGAGGAUUGAUCUUAUGUUACGAGAUAUAGUUUUGAAAAUGAAAUAUAGCGGUACCAUGCAUGAUCGGGAAAUUAGAUUUGAUAAUGGUUGGACCUAUCGGAUUGGUCGAGGUUUAGAUUAUUUUCAGAAGCAACAGCCAUUAACUCUAGGAAUAACCGAUUUCAAUUUAAGGAAAUGUCAGGAGACAAGUAUAUGUAUCUUAAGAGAAAUGCGACGCAAGGAUAAUAUGUAA